AGGGCCUCCGAAAAUAGCAUUGUCAAUAACAUUAUUUCAGAAAAUAACAAUAAAUUACGCAUUUCGGCGGGUUCAGCCAUCUACCGUGAUAAUUUAUUGAUGUGCUUUGUGAUAUUACAUAAUUUAUCACAGUUACCUUUAUAUAAUAAUGUUAGCGUUAUACCAGCCAUCUUCUCGCUUCCAGUCGUUCAGUAGAACUGGAAUCACUGGUUGUCUGCGUUGCUAGUUGCAGCUCAUUUGGCAGCGCUCACUUUUCAAUUUUCACUUCUCAAGCCUCCAAGACCUCAUCCAGCAUGGUUCGCGCUAUCCGCCCCCCUCGCCCUACCUACACGAACUCCCAAGUCUCGGGGGUUUACUUCCGCCCGUGUCGCGACGAGAACGACGAGGUGAUUCUCGAGUAUUUCCGUUGCUGUUGCGGCACGGUUCGGAAGCAAACCCAUAGGAACGGGUACUCCAACCUGAUGCAACAUAUCAGGCGGGAGCACCCUGACUACGAGACCGUCAUGCUCGACGCUACGACAGCGGAGACAGGCUCCCUCGUGAACUUCGUCCGCCACUCGGCGCUCAACCUCCACGACUGGAUGGUUUGGAUUGUUAUGUGCAACCUGCCACUCUCUUUUUGUGAGAGCCGAGAAGCUCGGCGGUACGUGUAUGCAUAAGGUCAUUGUGUUUACAUUACUACGGAAACUAACAACUUUACUUUACGGAUGUUAUUCAGCUACUCCAGCCUGGACCCCAUCUCGGAGGAAACCCUGCGGGCUGGCAUGGACGGGGUCGUCGUCGCCCACUACAUCGCCGUGUUCGCGUGCUAUGAGGUGAACGGCUGUCCCAAGACAACGCUACUCAGCAUGGCCCCGCUGCUGGACGCGCUGGACGACGAUCUCUCCGCGCAGGGCCAUCUCGAGUUUCUAGCGACCAUGCUGCCGCGCGAUUACGGCGUACAGCUGGCGCAGUGUCGCUUCCUCGUAGCUGACAACUGCGCCGUAAACCGGCGGCUGGCAACUCUUAUGAGUGUGCCGCUUGUUGGUUGCGCAAGCCACCGCCUGAACAGCAAGGUUCAGGCGGACAUGGCGUCGCAUGAGGAGGACUUGGCUGCUGUGCAGGCGCUCAUGGUAAAAUUGCGUACUCUCACCCAAUCUGCCAAACUACUGUUGAAAACGCCACUUCGGCCUGUCAUUCGCCAGGACACGCGCUGGAGCUCUACGUUCGAGAUGGUACGGCGCUACCUCCAGCUCCUCGAGUUUCUUGACGCCGAAGACGACGACCUCAUGGACCUGCUGCCGCCGCUGGCGAUGAACAAGCGACUGCGGGCAUUGUACCAGGAGCUGUGCGAUAUCGAGUCGGUCUCGAAGGCCCUUCAAGGCCACGACGUCGACCUGCUGGACGUUCGCGAGUGGUUCGACGAGCUGAUCGCCGUCAAGCCACAAUAUGGGCGCUACAUUGGGCCUCGGGCCAACAUUGUGCACAGCCCAGAUUUUGAGGCUGGGUGUGUACGCGGUCUCCGCGGGAAGGCGCAGCGGCUGACGCGUGCUGAAAAGGCCGCUUUGCAGCCCUUUGAAGCUGCCGGACCGGACGACGUGGCCGCGAGUGAGGAGAAGGAGGAUCCAGCCGCGUCGUUCGUGGAGCGUCUUCGGAAGCGCCGGCAGCUUGCACAGGACCGUGUCAAGUAUGAGCAGCUGAAGAGCAUCCCACCCGCGUCGAACGUGGUGGAACGCUUCUUCAGCAUUGCUCGGGUGACGUUUGGUCAUCAACGACACGGCCUGCUGCCACGCACGCUUGAGACGAUUUUGUUUCUCCGCCAGAAUCGGUCGUACUUGGAUGCAACGACUGUGGACAAUUUGAGCUAGAUGAUACGCUAACUGGUGUCUUGUUAAUAGACUUCAUGCUUUUCAUAAUGGCAUUAUUUAUUGGGUACGUUGGGGAGCGUCAGGGGAUAAUUUAUUCAGCAACGCCCAACCUACUAAAUAAAAAUGCCAUAUUCGGAGGCCCUGCU